AUGAAUAUCUCCGGCACGCUCAACGUCUUCAGAUUAUUAAGGGAGCCAACUCUGUGCCUCCCACAACAUACUGUCUCUACAUUCAAUCACCUUCCCGUCCCCCUAUCGAAAGCCUUCCCCAAGAGAGAUGGCGAGAAAGAGGUAGAGAUAAAGGCGGUGGUCCUUGACAAGGACAAUUGUUUCGCAAUCCCACAUACCAAUGAAAUACAUAAACCUUAUCACGACAAAUUCCAAGAGCUUCGCCGCGCCUACCCCGGUUCGAAAUUGCUCAUAGUUUCCAACACAGCCGGCACCGAUUCAGACAAGAAUCAAGCCGAAGCAGUCAUCCUAGAGAAGAACACCGGUGUCAAGGUACUCCGGCAUUCAACCAAGAAGCCCGGCUGCAAAGAUGAAGUCUUGUCGUAUUUCAAGCAGCAUCCGGACUCCGAAGUGACAUCACCUGCUCAAAUCGCCAUUGUGGGUGAUCGCUUGUUCACAGACGUCAUGAUGGCAAAUUUGAUGGGGGGCUAUGGGUUCUGGGUAAGAGAUGGGGUCAUUGAACGGAAGAGCUUUUUCGCGAGGGUUGAAGACAGGUUGGCGACGUUCCUGCUCAGGAGAGGGUACUGCGCUCCGGAUACCAAGAGCCACUUUGAGUGA